GUUGGUUCGAUCGGGCUUUGGUCAGCCGGAACCUAGUAUCGUGUUAUGUUCACUUUGGCUUCGGGUUUGACAGCUGGUUCGGUAUUUCGUUGUACACGGAUGACUGAAAGCUCGUUUUGAUUUCCGUAUUGUAUCAACCGACGACGAGAGAAAAGAGUGUCUCGUAUCGAAAGAAGCUGUAGGAAAGGUAUGUUGAAACAGUGAAAAGCGGCUAAGAAUAUCUCAUUGUUGUAGUAAAAGUCGAACUCAGUCGAGCAUGAAGAAGCGGAUAGAACAUCAAAAAUAUUGUGACGAUACAACAAUACAGGAUGUUUUUUUGGCUAGUUCUCUUACUAGGACACGUGCCAAUUGAUUUCUAGGGGUAAACGGUAGUCAGUGCGUAAUCAAUAAGUGAUAGAGACCGUUCUUAUACUACUCUUCAGUUAGGCUAGCGAAAGCUGGAGGGCCAAAAGACCAGAUCACAAAACAAACUGUGAUAGACACAGGAUUAGAGGAUGCCAAGGUAAGGGGCUUCUGCUCCCCAUUCACCAGUCGCUUAUCAUCGCGGAAGCUACAAGGAAGCUACAAGUUCUGACUUUGAAAAGGUCCUAGUCGUCCAAAAAAAUGCCGGGCCGUCACGGUGGUGGUGAGAGUAAGUGGAAGGGGCGAGGAGUAGCCAAUGAGGAUGAGUUGGCUGAGAAGAUCGCAAAGAAGGAACAAGAAAAGCAAUUACGGAGAAUUGCUGCUGCUGCUGAACAUGCUAGAAAAUUGCGACAGCAAAGAGCCAAACAGGCCAAAGCAAAAGCUGCGGAGCGUGAGUUCGCAAAGAGGGUGCAGAGACUUGGUAAUAUGAAGAUUUUUUCAUUUAUUGCGAGACGAGUUGACCUACUUUUACUUCGUGAACAACAUGCUUCUACUUGCAUUUUUAUCACACAGAUGAUACUCCUCUCCAUUUCUCUCACUUCUCUCACAAAACAAAAAGGUGUCAACACUUCUCUAAUAUGAACAACAAAACAAAAACAAAAAGGUGUCAACACUUCUCUAAUAUGAACAACAACACAAAAACAAAAAGGUGUCAACAGUUCUCUAAUAUGAACAACAACACAAAAACAAAAAGGUGUCAACACUUCUCUAAUAUGAACAACAACACAAAAACAAAAAGGUGUCAACAGUUCUCGUCUAUGAACAACAAUACAAAAACAAAAAGGUGUCAACACUUCUCUAAUAUGAACAACAAAACAAAAACAAAAAGGUGUCCACACUUCUCUAUGAACAACAUAAUCAACAAAAACAAAACGUAAAAAGGUGUCUUCCGAGCUUUAAUCUCCGGAGUUGGCAGUAUGCAAGUACAGCUGACCUUCAGAAAGUGGGUAGAAUAUGUCGAGAUGCUCAAAGACGAACGGAUCGAGAGGUAUAGGAGGCAGCGGUGGCAAUUGAAUUUUACGAUAUGAAGAUUAGUUUCUAUUGAUAUUUGAAGGUACAAAAAGACUGAACUACCUCAAAUCCACUAGACCAUAUGGAUAAAGAGGGCACAUGACAUGACAUUACUGCAAGAAAGACUAGUGCUCUGGCUCCGUGAUAUAUUUUUUUUUGUUUAAAAAGAUGUAGCGACUUGGUCUUCUUCGGUUCAGAAGCAUUUUUACUGAGACUGACGUUGUCACUGGAUCCGAUUCUACGAGAUCUAGGGUCGUACUCGGUGUGGUGAAGUAGAGGAUAGUAGCGUACUGAAUGACGCGCUGCAUCUAAGAGUACUGAUACCGUAAAAAUAGAAGUUUGAGUUUCUAUAGUUCCCACUUCCCACCUCCCGCUUCCUCUAAUCAUCGUCCGAAGGACAGUGUUGCGAAGAUAGGCCUGAUCCGGAUGGCGCCGAACCAAGAAAUGCCUCAAGCCUACAGGCGGCUGGACGAGGACUCUGUGCAGCAUAAGAUGAGGUAUAUUUGAAUUCUGUUCACCAGCAUAAGAUGAGGUAUAUUUGAAUUCUGCGAAGUCAUGUCAACGCAUUCCAUAUGCUAGUGAUCCUAACCUAUGAAGUAGAUACGUAGAUCUAAUGAAGAGAGUACUAAGAGUCAUGAUUUGCUCAUAAAGUAUCAUAUCAAGCCUAUAGGCAGCUGGGGAGGACUUUGCGCAACACAAGAUGAGGUAGGUAUCUGACUUCUAGAUCUAUUAAAGAGAGUAAUUUGUCUAGAACUUUAUGUGAUGCGGGUCCUUGGAAUUAGAUAGUUUAGUUGUAACUAUAACACGGAGCGACCACAAUGUGGCACAUGACACAUCAAGAGACUCUAAGAGUCAUGGUAUUAAGAGUCAUGGUAUUUGCCUCCAAAAUACUUAUCAUGUUCUUGAACGCUGACUAGAUGGUGCUGACUAGAUGGUGCUGAACCUGAAGAGGGUCACGUACGCGUAGGUAUUCAUAAUGGAGGAUUACAUAGACUUAUCAUGUUCUUGACCACCGCUCCUGUACAUAAUAUUGAUAUUCGCAUAAUAUCUGCUCCUUCUUGACCACCGUAGGUACAUAAUAUUCGCAUAUCUGUUCCUUGACCACCGUAGGUAUCACAUCGAAGGCGAUGAGGAAUGCGGUAUGGAUUUGCAACUGAAAUCAACUUCCCUUCCGGCGCUUCUUCCACGUGCCUACAGGGAUCCACUGUACCCUACUAGGGAGGACGUCAUAUUAAGGCUCAAUAUAUUUCAUUUCUACAAGUCAUUUCUCCCUAUUUCCUUCUUAGGAUUGGGAGAAAUGUAGGCAAGAAAUGAAUUGUUUUGAGCUUUAAGGAUAGCCAGACGGGGUUCUACGGCUUUGGUGGACCAACUUCCUGCCCAUCCAGCACAGGUGGUGCGAGAGCACAUAGAUGCAGCAAGGGAACGACAGGAGAAUGAAAAGCGGAUGGGCAAGAGUGACAGAAGUAGUCACUCGGGAAGCUGGAACGAUAUGGAUUCCAUGACCAUGACGCACAGUACCAGUUUAACGCAUAGCAGCAGCAUGCAUUCAAACAGCGGCGGAAGGAAAGAGUCAAGCGGAAGUGUGGCUGUUAUGAAGACAGGAGUUUGGUGAUGAAACUAUCGCAAGUUUCUAGAAGAAAUGUAGACUCAAAUGACGUUUUUGAGGUAACGGAUAUUUGUGGCAGAGUAGACAAGUUUGGUCGGGUACUUAUUUUACUCCAUCACGGAAGAUAUCUGUUAGGAUCGUUCAAAGACAGAUCCAUGAAAGUGCUUCAGAUGUUGAAUCCUCUAGCUUCCCGCUCUAACCCCUCCCCCAACGCGCACCAAUCGUCUUCGUCGGACUCGGCGUUUGGCAAGAGUGGGAAUGCCGUAAACAAAAAAAUAGGAGACAUGAUGAGGACAACCGGCACCUCUGACGGGUUUGCGAAAUCGGUGAGUGACGCGGAAGAAAGCGCCAACAGGUCCAUGGGCACAACGAAUUCAUCCUCCUUCGGAACAGUGCUAGGGGCUAAGCAGUUUGUGAAGGAGGUACUAUUUUUGUUGGACUUGUCGCUCUAUUCUUGUUCUUCUGGGACUCGGCACUCUUGGUGUCUGGUGUGUGGAGGAGAAGUCCCUAAUUAAAGAACUUAUACCCCGUGAGUGGGUACAUCUAUCUAUCUAUGUAUCUAGAUCCAAUGCUCGUUCAUGUUAGUUUCUCAUACAGUAUUCAUGAUCAAUCAUCGAGCCUAAUCAAAUUUGAGACCAUUGACUUCUUGAUCAUCAUAAAUUUUUUUUUAUGACCACAGCUUCACCAUCUCAACACCACAGGGAACAUCCUCUUCACAAGCUGAAGCGGCGCCAUUGCAUCAGCAGUACGGCUACGAUCCAGCGAUCAUGAAAUUCAAAGCGAAGGGCUUGCACUAUUAUGAUUCGAUUAAUUUCCAAAGCAACAUGCAUGAAAAAGGCCCCUUGACCCCUUAUGUACUCCCCCUUCCUGCGCAAAUACUACUCAUUUUUCUCCCUCUCUCUCUGCUGGAACUAAUUUAUCAUGGACCUACUUGUACGGACUGCAUUAAUUUGCAAAGCAACAUACAUGAAAAAGGCCCCUUGGCUCCUUAUGUACUCCCCCUUCCUGCUCUAAUCAGUUCGAACGGGCAGACCUGUCUUUUACGAUGCGAAGUAUCAUCUAUUCAAGUUCGUGUAUCCACACGUGGACCGGCGAUUCUUCGACUACGGAGAUCGUAUACGGUCUGACGCUAUCGAGAAGAGCUACGAGCCACGUGGACACGUGAUGGUCAAGUAGUUCGCUACUAUAGUUCAAAAUUCCUAUUUCUGCAUUUAGUAGUAGAAAAAAUUCCUAUUUCAUCUGCAAUGCACUCACUUUUUACAUAUCACAUCUACUUCUCACAGUAGGAGAUAAUACUCCCACUUAGAGAAGAUGAAGGUCUUGAAAAAUUCCUAUUUCUGCAAUGCGCAUGUUUAAUAUACAGAACCAGACUACAAUGGGUUCCCAAAUUCCUAUUUCUGCAAUGCACAGCAAACCGUCAACCACGGCGUCCUGAAUAAGUUCGUCCUAAAAUAAGAUUCCUAUUUCUGCAAUGCACACAUCUGCUAUACUCACUUAUAUGGUACUAGCAAGCCAGUUCCUAGAUUCCUAUUUCUGCAAUGCACACACAGACACACUCGUUAUAAAGAAUUCGUUUUUCUGCUGCAGUCUGCUCUGUUAUAAAGAAUUCAGUUUUUCAGCUUUUUCGAAAGCUGCUUACGCAAUUUACUCUUUUUACAGUCACAUGUUGGAGGGGAAAAUAGCGGGGGAAAAUCGAUUCGGAGUUUCUUGUGAAGAAAGGGGGACUAAUACUAGUAUUACUAAGUACAACUCAUCAUCAUCAACUAGUAAGUACGUACUGUGUACCUUAUUUGGUAGGGCUGUAACGGUAGUGCUGACACUGAUGUAUAGUCACUCGGCAUGGCAAGAGUUCAAACGGACUGCCGUUUCUUGAUACUUGAACUAGAGCUUACGUCAUUUGUCUUUGUAAAUGGUCCUGGGAGUUGUACGUACUACUGCUUGGACGCGUAAAAAGAGGUCUACAACGAAGCAGCAGAGUCU